GUUGUCUCCGUGUGUCCCGUUCAGGUCACGGCGGCGGGCUUCGCGCCGCUGCUGCAGUUCGCCUACACGGCCAAGCUGGUGCUGAGCCGGGACAACAUCCAGGAGGUGGUCCGCUGCGCCGGCUUCCUGCGCAUGCACAACCUGGAGGACUCCUGCUUCCGCUUCCUGGAGGACCAACUCCGCAGCGAGGCGGCGGCGGCGCCGGGCCACCAGGGGGCGGCCACCACGGCGACGGACACCACGGCGACGGAGACCACGGCGACGGAGACCACGGCGACGGAGACCACGACGACGGACGCCACGAUGACGGCAGAGACCACGACGAUGGCAGAGACCACGACGGCGUCGACGGACAUGAACGUCUCGGACCCCGAGGAGGACGGCGACGACGAUGACGCCAGAGAUGGCCGCGUGCGGCCCGCGGCCGCCAAGCCGCCCCGCCCCGUCUCCUCCUCCUCCUCCUCCUCGCCGAGGGCGCGGCGGCGGGCGGAUGGCGAGCGCGGUCACCACGGUAACCACGCAGACGCUCGGCCGGACUUUGACAAGCACGGGGCGUCGGACCUGCCGCGCUGCCCCAAGUACAGGAAGUACCAGUGGGCGUGCAACAAGCACAGCCACCACCACGACCAGGGCUCCUCCCCCUCACACUCCAGCCACUCAGGCUUCCCCGUGAAGGAGGGCGGGGUCGGAGGGGCGGAGCCUGUGAUGGGAGGGCCACCCGCCGCCCACAUCAAGGAGGAGCCCCGACUGUACGAGGACGAGGACGAGGAGGCGCCGGAGGAGGAGGAGGAGGCGGUCCUGCUGUGCCUGUCCGGCGAGGAGCAGGACGGCGCCAUCACCAUGGAGACGGAGCCCCCCGCCCCCUCCGGCCGAGCCAAGAGGCCCAAGUCGCCCUCCUGCCUUCGGGCCUUCUUCAGGAAGGGGGCGGAGCUCCCCGGGUCCCCGCCCCCCCCGGCCCUGCCCCGGCAGGUGUUCGCCAACAGGGUCCGCGCCCCGGACCGGGCCGCGUCCCAGGGGGACCACCGGAGACCCUUCAGGCCCUUCCCCAGCGCCCCCUCCUCCCCCCCGCCCCUCCCCUCCCUAAGGUCCGCCUCCUGCGACGCCGUCUGCAAGCAGGAGGCGGAGUUCGACCGGCGCAGCAGCGUCAUCUUCUCCUCGGGGUCAUGUGACCGCCUCGGCACCCCGGCGCAUUCCUUCCCCGGCGGGACCUCUCUGGAGUUCCCCCCCGGGACCCCCAAGGGGCUGUGGUCGGGGUCCAGCCAGUCGCUGCCCACCACCCAGACCUACCCGGAGCCCGGCGCGGCCCCCCCGCUCCCGGGCCGGCCGCGGCCCCGCCCCAGCUGCCCCGUGCCCAUCAAGGUGUGCCCGCGGUCGCCGCCCUGCGCGGCCCGGACCCGCACCUCCAGCUCCUGCUCGUCCUGCUCCUUCGCCGAGGACGGCAGCGGGGGCUCGCCCUGCAGCCUGCCGCAGUCCGAGUUCUCCUCCUCGCCGUGCUCCAACGCCGCGCGCUGCCUGGGGGGCGACCACGGGCCCGACCUGCCGCCCGACGGCGGCGUGGGGCUGGGCUGUGCGCUGGGGGCCGCCGACUCCAUGUUCCUGGGCCAGGGGCCGCCCACCAUCAAGUGCGAGCGGUCGUACGCGACCAACUCCAGCGACGAGUCGGGGUCGUUCUCGGAGGGCGACAGCGAGUCGGGACACGUGCGGGAGAGCGGCCCGGAGGUGAAGCUCCCGUUCCCCGUUGACCAGAUCACGAACCUCCCGCGGAACGACUUCCAGAUGAUGGUGAAGAUGCACAAGCUGAGCUCGGAGCAGCUGGAGUUCAUCCACGACGUGCGGCGCCGUAGCAAGAACCGCAUCGCGGCGCAGCGCUGCCGCAAGCGCAAGCUGGACUGCAUCCUCAACCUGGAGUGUGAGAUCCGCAAGCUGGUGUGUGAGAAGGAGAAGCUCCUGGGCGAGAGGAACCAGCUGAAGGCGUGCAUGGGGGAGCUGUGGGAGAACUUCUCCUGCCUCUCCCAGGAGGUGUGCAAGGAGGUGCAGCUGAGCCCGGAGCAGGCGCGCUCGCUGCAGCGCUACUGCCCCGCGCUGAAGCGCAACGCCGCCCCCGACCCCCAGCUGCCCGCACGCCACCCCAAGCCCCGCCUCGAGGCCCCGCCCCCCGGCCUCAGCCCCGCCCCCCAGACCGCCGUCUCGCCGCUCGCCGGCCUCCUCCCCUCGCCGCCGGGCGGGGGCGGGCGAGAGCCGAUGGGCAACGGGGCAGUGGGGGGGGCGGAGGGUCGUCACGGUGACGAGGAGGAGGAGGCGGCGGCGGCGGCGGUGGCGGUGACGGUGGACUUCUGCCAGCAGAUGACGGACAAGUGCACCACGGACGAGCUGCCGCUCGCCGACUGCUGCCAGUGACCUCCGGCGCCCGGUCGCCGAGGGUUACGGCUCCUCCCCCGUGGUCCUCUGACAAGCCCCUCCCCCCGAGGGUCGUUACCGUAGCGACCGGCCAGUGUUGGAUCAAACCAGACAAACCUUUGAAGAGUUUGUGUUAAAGUGUUUUUUUUUAUGGGUGACACUAAAGUUGUCUUAACAGCAGCAAUACAGUCCUCCGUGUACAGCGGGAAACCCCGUUACCAUGGUGCUAACGCCGCCGCGGCAACCACAAACCCACCUCCUCGGCGACAGAUGGUAAAAGAUUGCAACUCAAAAGUCAAACCUCAGCAAAGGCAAACGGACCUAUCAGACGCUUUCCUUACAGUUCCACCACUUACAGUCUGUUCUACCUCUCUCAGUCUCUCUUUCUCUCUGUCUUUCUGUCUCUCUCUCUAGCGCUAUCUGUCUCUCAUUCUCUCUGUCUUUCUGUCUCUCUCUCUCUCUCUCUCUGUCUCACUCUCUCUCUCACUCUUUGUCUCUCUUUCUGUCUCUCUCUGUCUCUCUCUCUCACUCUCUCUCUCUCUCUCUCUCUCUCAGAUUUCUCUCUCUCUCUGAUUUCUCUCUCUCUCUCUCU